GCGAUCGCGCCGGGCAUUGUGGGAGUUCGCCGCUCGCUCGUCGAGCCGUUGCCGUUGGCCCCGCGGGCGGAGCGGAGGCAGCGGCAGCGGGGCCGCCGCCGGCCGACAUAUUGCCGACGGAGGCCGCGCCAGUGCUGUUCCAGACCCAAUACAGACAAAAUGUCCAGCAGGGGUGGAAAGAAGAAGUCAACCAAGACUUCCCGCUCUGCAAAGGCUGGGGUCAUAUUCCCUGUUGGAAGAAUGCUACGUUACAUUAAGAAAGGCCACCCGAAGUAUAGAAUUGGUGUUGGUGCUCCAGUGUACAUGGCUGCUGUACUGGAAUAUCUGACUGCGGAAAUUCUUGAAUUGGCUGGAAAUGCAGCAAGGGACAACAAGAAGGGUCGAGUCACUCCUAGACACAUCCUGUUAGCUGUAGCAAAUGAUGAAGAAUUAAAUCAGCUAUUGAAAGGGGUCACCAUAGCCAGUGGUGGAGUGUUACCCAAUAUUCACCCAGAGCUGUUGGCAAAGAAGCGGGGAUCAAAAGGCAAACUGGAAGCCAUCAUCACUCCACCUCCAGCAAAGAAGGCAAAGUCUCCAUCACAGAAAAAAACUGUAUCAAAGAAAACAGGUGGCAAGAAAGGGGCAAGGAAAUCCAAGAAGAAGCAGGGAGAAGUGAGCAAAUCAGCCAGUGCUGACAGUACAACAGAGGGAACUCCUGCAGAUGGUUUCACAGUCCUGUCCACCAAAAGUCUGUUUCUUGGCCAGAAGCUGAACCUUAUUCACAGUGAAAUCAGUAAUUUAGCCGGCUUCGAGGUGGAGGCCAUUAUCAAUCCUACCAAUGCUGACAUUGACCUUAAAGAUGACCUAGGGAGCACUUUGGAAAAGAAAGGCGGCAAGGAGUUUGUGGAAGCUGUCAUUGAGCUUCGCAAAAAGAACGGGCCGUUGGACAUAGCUGGAGCUGUUGUCAGUGCCGGCCACGGAUUGCCUGCAAAAUUUGUGAUCCACUGUAACAGCCCAGGCUGGGGCUCAGACAAAUGCGAGGAGCUGCUGGAAAAGACGGUGAAGAACUGCUUGGCUCUGGCUGACGAAAAGAAGCUGAAAUCAAUUGCAUUUCCUUCAAUUGGCAGUGGCAGAAAUGGCUUCCCAAAGCAAACGGCCGCUCAGCUGAUCCUGAAAGCCAUCUCCAGCUAUUUUGUGUCAACAAUGUCCUCUUCAAUCAAGACGGUGUACUUCGUGCUCUUCGACAGCGAGAGUAUAGGGAUAUACGUGCAGGAAAUGGCCAAACUAGAUGCCAACUAAGCCUAGAAAGCGACAGUACCAGCCCCUUCUUCUGCCCAUCGUCCUCCCCAAAUCCUUAACUCCUUGUGAAGCAGAGCAUCCCUUAUUUUAAAUUUUGCUCAUCUAGGGGAAUAAAGGUGGGGGUUUUGUUGUUUUUUUUUCUUGUUUUGGGGUUUUUUGUUUGUUUCGUUUUUACUUUCUACGAUGUUUUAUGUUGGCACUGAUAGUUGGCAUUACUGCUGUUAAUGCACUGUAUACCAGGCAUCGUCUGAACUUAGUGUAAUCUAGGAGAUUUUAUAGUUUUAUUUUAAUGAAGUAUGGAUCGAAGCAGAAAGCCGUUAGGAGUACGUAGUCUUUUACUUGUGAAAGAAACAGGCCAACCCUAUUUUGUAACUGUGUUGUGGUGCUUUAUCAAUACAUCGAGUGGCGUUCCUUUCAUUUUUUAAAAGAACAGAUGCUAUAAACCUAAUUUGUGUUUGUUUAUUGUCUUAAUGAUAAAUCUGGAAGAAAAAAUACAGAAACCCUGUUGUCCUUAAUUAUAUUUACAAUUUUGAAAUCGUGUGAAUUGAUUUAGUAAAAUGUUUGAACUGUU